CCUUCAUCUUCUCUCAUUAUAUUAUUAUUAAGUUAUACAAUGUCUGCCUUUAGCUCAGUAGCUCGCUCAAUUGCCUACAAUGGCUUCUUCCUAAACCUUAUUAUACCUAUGCCCAUUACUCCACCACAGAUUAUAAAGAGAAAGCGAGGUUUAACUGUCGCAUCAUUCUCCACUCCGCACAGUAAUGAGACGAACAAAUCUAUGGAAGAAAUGGUUCCAAUUGUUUCAAGGAGGCGAGUGCUUAAUUUAUCCAUUUUAACGGUCUUAUUGUGGGACCGUUUCUCAAGCUUCGCUUUGGCCAUUGAUGGUGAGGUGUUAGAGCUUGAAAGAUACACUGAUUCUGCUCAAGGUUUCACUCUCCUCAGACCUUCUUCUUGGAUUAAGGUUGAUAAAGCUGGGGCAACUGUCCUGUUUCAGGAUGUAAACAAGGGAUCCAACAAUGUAGGCGUUGUGGUUAUCCCUGUAAAAAUAACAAACCUUAGCCAAUUCGGGACUCCACAAUUCGUGGCAGAUAAGCUAAUUCUGGCUGAAAAGCGCAAGGAGAGUACAAAGGAGGCUGAGGUGGUUGCAGUAUCAGAAAGAGCGGGAGAAGGAGGUCUUCAAGUGUAUGAGUUUGAGUACAAGAUUGAUAGCACCAGAGGAGGGAUGAAGAGGAUAUUGUCUGCUGCAUUUGUAGCGUCUGGGAAGCUCUAUCUGUUAAACAUUGCACACUCUGAUGGAUUAGAAAGUCCUAUCGACCCAGUUAGAAGAAAUACGUUGGAACAGAUUUUACAUUCCUUUGAUACUGCUCCUUCGACUUAAAUAGACAUGAGCUCAAAUUUUUUUCUCACUAGGCUUUGCCCUGCAUAUUCUCUGCUGGGAUCAAAACCAAAAGGUAUGCUACCAGGUUUUCAUUU